AAUAGAUACACGAGGAGUGAUUUCGAGUUAUCGGAUGACGAGAAGGAGUGCAUCAAGAGCCGUGAGUUGAUGAUUUUAUGGGAUUGUGGGCAGUUUUGUGGGGAAAUCUGGGCAGUUUUGUGGGGAAAUUUGGGUAGUUUUGUGGGGAAAUCUGGGCAGUUGAUAGUGUCUGAAUAUUGUUUGAAAUACGGAAUAUUUUGGGAGUCGAUGCAAGUGAAAUGUAUCGCAAAAUACGGUGAGCAGUUCUGUAGCAGUAUGUUGUCGGUGUGCUCGUCGAUGCUGUCGAUACCGUGGAAGAACGAUUCGGUGCAGCGAUUACCGCCUGGCAUCGUGGGGUGUGCGCAGACGACCGAUCCGGUGGUGCAGUGCCGUGCCAAAUACUCGGAGUCGUUCUGCAAUCGGCUUGGUGCGGCGUGUUCGAAGGUGACAGGCACGGACAUCCCGGCGUUCUCACGCGGUGGUGGAGAGUAUCGACUACCCGAGGCAAUCUCACAGUGCAUAGCGCAGGAGAAUAUCGUAGCGAUGUGCUAUGCAUCAAAAUGCUCACAGCAGUGUGACGGAUGGCGUGUGACAUGCAAUAUCAACGGUGGGAUGGCGCAAUUGGCACCUGAGCAAGUGACGUGCUUCGAGAAACGUUAG